AUGAUAAGAGGUAGAGGUGGGGAAGAAGAAGCAGAAAUCGAUCGGCUCCCCAUUGACAUUCUUGCUCAUAUCUUAUUUCUCUUUACCAGUUUUAGAGAUUCCGUUCAGGCAAGCGCCGUUUGUCGGAAAUGGAAGCGGGCGGCGGAUCAUUCAUUGGCCUGGCGAGAUUCUCUCAGCUUCUCUGGUUUGAAAAUGGACGAUCAUUCAACUGCUCGUCUAAUUCUCAGGGCUUACAAUCUAACUGACCUCGACAUAUCAAGAAGACGAUGGGGUUGUCAGAUAUCUGACAAUGGUUUAUUUAUGAUAUCAUCUGCAAAAUGUAUCACCAAUUUGACCUCAAUAUCCCUUUGGGGUAUGACUGGAAUCACAGAUCAAGGUGUUGUUCAUCUGAUUUCGAAAGCUACUUCUUUGCGACACCUUAAUAUUGGAGGGACUUUUAUUACUGAUGAAUCGAUUAUAGCAAUUGCAAAUAGUUGUCCACAUUUACAGUCUAUUGGAUUGUGGAGUUGUCGACAUGUUACUGAAAGUGGCCUUCUUGUUCUUGUAAGUAAAUGUGGGAAGCUCGAGUCCAUUAACGUUUGGGGAACUCGGGUUCCUGUAGAAUCGUUUGUCGGUUUGCUUGCCAUUAGUCCCGCACUUGUCAUUAAACCUAAAGAGCUUCUUUCCAAUAUACAAAUGGCUCCAAUUUGGAAUGUGGUUUGACCUUAAAUGUAAAUAACUAAUUUCAAUGUGAUUGUAUUUGGUUGUAUGAAAUAGG